ACGGAAUUUCGAUACCGUCAUUAAUAGUUUUGCUGGUCAUUUGUGUCUGACUACAGAAAAAAAUACAAUGGAAGCCAAAUCAAUAAAUGCGGAUCAAUCACCCGCUAAAAUUGGGUUCGCAAAAGGCUGUUAUGGCUAUAAAAUGUCUAAAAAAGUAGCAGAACUGACUCAGGUUGUUCACAUGCUUUUCACAAGAAAUCAUGAAAGAGAAGUUGAAUUAGAUGAAUUGCGAGAUGCUUACGAACAAGAGAUAACAGCGGUCAUACAGGACGCGAGAAGCAAAAUUGAAAGACUGGAAUAUCAACUCAGAGAAUCGGAAAGAAAAAGAAAAAAGGAGUCUGACGAAGUCUCGUUAAAUAUUUCUAAUCUCCUCCGCGAAGCGCAAGAAAGAAUGGAUUCUCUGAAAAAUGAUUUACAUGAAGAAAAAAAAGAAAGUACUCAUUUACGUGACUUGUUGACGCAAGCACAUAAAGAUCUCGAAAUAUUAAAGCAUGGCUCUACUGGAGUCACAGGGGAUUUACAGAAAAAAAGCAAAAUUCUUGAGGAAAAAGAAAAGGAAUUCCAGAAAAUGUGGCACAGUUAUACCGAACUAGAGUCACGAUAUAUUUCGAAUUCAAAGCACACGGAAGAUUUGAAAAAACAACUAGAGUUAGCACAUGAUGCAGAAAGGCGAAAUAAGUUACAUAUGGAAAAAAUGCUAAAGGCAGUUGAAGAAAAGAAAAGAUUUUCCCAAGAACUAGCGAAGAAAUUGAAAUCUUACGAGGAAGAAGUUAAGGUAUUGAAAAGAGAACUGAAUAAGAAAACUAAAGAAGGUUCAAAAGAUUCUCGUUUGGAUGCGGAACUCAAAGAUUCAGAAAAUUAUGACAAAGAUGAGAGAAAAUUCUGGAAAGACGUAGAAAAAUUGCGAAGAGAAAACGAGUGGCUACGAAAUGAAAUAAAGAAUAGAGAAGGGAAUUUUAAUCGUGUAUUUGCGAACUUUCAUCCAGUUUUCGUUGGUAGCAGUAGUCACCAACAACCACAUUCGGACAUUCUGCAAGACCGUGAUAUGAUGAUGGUAACCCCGGUAUCGAGUUUUCCAUCGCAUAACAAAACUAGUUAUCCGCCAUUAUUGUCAUCGCCCCAAAACUCAGGCAACGUUAGUGCUCGGCGUCGCACGCCAAACUUAACAGGCCUGGAGCCGAAAGUUCACUCGAUGGCUCCAACACCAACUCCACUUCGACCAAGAACUAAGGAUGAAUCAAGGUGGAGAGAAUCGCAUGAGAUGAACGGCGGCAAACAAGGGAAAAAUUUUCGUUUAGUCUUUACGAAGUAACAUGAAAAUGUUUUGCGAAGUAUGAAAUUUAAAUGCUUAUAUUCAGACGGUUCAUAUGAUGUAAUUAAUUGCUUGUUAUAAUUUUUUGAUUUAUUAAAAUUUAUUUUAUUAAUGUUA